UGGUGAAUCUGAGUGGUUCUUUUACUUUUAUCAGAUUCCAAAUGAGAGUGUACAUUUUUCUUUGUUUGAUGUGCUGGGUAAGAUCUGACAAUAAAAGACCAUGCCUUGAAUUUUCUCAGCUAAAUGUAAAGGAUUCCUUCAAAGAUUUAUUUAAUCCCAGAAUAGAGAUAAUUCUGAUGGUGUAUACAAGGAACAACCUAAACUGUGCUGAGCCACUAUUUGAUCAAAAUAACUCACUUAAUAUUAAUUUCAACACACAAAAGAAAACAGUUUGGCUUAUUCAUGGAUACAGACCAAUGGGCUCCACUCCAUCGUGGCUUCGGAACUUUCUAAGGAUUUUGCUGAAUGAAGAAGAUGUGAACAUAAUUGUAGUAGACUGGAACCGGGGUGCUACAACUUUUAUUUACAAUAGAGCAGUUAAAAACACCAGAAAAGUUGCUGAGAAUUUGAGUAGGCACAUUAAAAAUCUUUUGAAGCAUGGAGCAUCUCUUGACAAUUUUCAUUUCAUAGGUGUGAGCUUAGGGGCUCAUAUUAGUGGAUUUGUUGGAAAGACAUUUCAUGGCCAACUCGGGAGAAUAACAGGUCUUGACCCUGCUGGCCCAAAAUUCUCUGGAAAACCGUCAUAUAGCAGAUUAGAUUACACUGAUGCAAAGUUUGUGGAUGUCAUCCAUUCUGAUUCCAAUGGUUUAGGUAUCAAAGAACCAUUGGGACAUAUAGAUUUUUACCCAAAUGGAGGAACAAAACAACCUGGCUGUCCUAAAUCAAUUUUUUCAGGAAUUGAAUAUAUUAAAUGUGACCACCAGAGAGCAGUUUACUUGUUCAUGGCAUCUUUGGAAACACACUGCAAUUUUAUUUCGUUUCCUUGUCAUUCAUACAAAGAUUACAAGACUAGCUUAUGUGUGGACUGUGACAGAUUUAACGAAAAAUCAUGUCCUUGGCUAGGUUAUCAAGCUGAGCUAUUAAAAGGAGUUUUGAAAGAAAGAAUGCAAGAAGGAACUCUUAGGACCACUGUGUUUUUGGAUACUAGUGGCAGAUAUCCAUUCUGUACCUAUUAUUUUGUUCUCAGUAUAAUUGUUCUGGAUGAAACUAUGAAGUAUGGCUAUAUUUCAUUUAAAUUAUUAAACCAGUUUGGAAUGACUGAAGAGCCAAAGCUCUACAAAAGGAACCAACCAUUUUAUAAACUCCAAGAAGUCAAGAUUCUUGCUCAAUUUCUAAAUGAUGUUGUAAAUAUUUCAAGCAUUGGUUUGACAUAUUUCCAAAGCUCAAAUCUGCAGUGUUCCACAUGCCAAUAUAGGAUCCGGAGUCUCAUGUUAAAAUCACUUACAUAUCCAGAAAGACCACCACUUUGCAGGUAUAAUAUUGCACUUAAAGAAAACGAGGAAGUAUUUCUUAAUCUAGACACAUGUAUACCAAAGAAAACAUAAAAUGCCUUCUUUCAUCAAAUGUACUUGUUUGUUAAUUAAUGGACUUGUAAAUAGAAACAGUGCAAUCAGUCUUUCUUUUAGAAGGCAUUGUUCAAUCAAAGAUUCAGAUAUUUCUAUUUCUUGAAUAAAUUUUUAAGAAUAAACAUAGAAAAUAAAAAAUGCAUAUAGUAAAGCAUUC